ACAUGUUACUCCUCCCGCCAGGAGGGCCGCUGCAGCGAGAACUGCGACGUGCGUGACGUUAGGCGCCCGUGAGUGGCGGUAACGCGCGUCCUGCUCGUUCCCUCCUCACUAUGUUAUCGAGUGGUAAAGAUGGCGGAUUUCCUGCCGUCCCGCUCCCUCCUCGCUGCUUGUUUUCCGAGCUGCGUCCUCACCCAGCGAGAGGCCGAACAGCUUCGCAAAAGUAAGCAGAUAGACGAGCUCAUCUCCCGGGAUAAGACUUACGUGCGGCGACUAGUGAAAAUCCUGCUGCUCGGCGCCGGCGAGAGCGGCAAAAGCACUUUCCUUAAGCAGAUGCGAAUUAUUCAUGGGCAGGAUUUUGAUCAGAAGGCCAAGGAGGAGUUCAGGGGAACCAUCUACAGCAACAUCCUGAAAGGCAUUCGCGUCCUAGUGGACGCCAGGGAAAAGCUCCGCAUCCCCUGGGGAGACCCCGGCAACCAGCAGAACGGCGAGUUCCUGAUGAGUGUCGACACCAGGGCGUUGACCGGGGCCGCCGCAGGCCUCGUGGAGACGCGGGUUUUCCUCAAGUACUUGCCGGCCAUCAGAUCUCUGUGGGCGGAUAGUGGCAUCCAGAACGCUUACGACAGGCGCAGGGAGUUCCAGCUGGGAGAAUCUGUAAAAUACUUCCUGGACAACUUGGAAAGAUUAGCAGAUCCAGAAUACCUUCCAACGCAACAGGACAUUCUACUGGCUCGAAGACCCACUAAAGGAAUACAUGAAUACGACUUUGAAAUAAAAAAUGUGCCCUUCAAGAUGGUGGACGUGGGUGGACAAAGGUCAGAACGGAGGCGUUGGUUUGAAUGCUUUGAUGGUGUGACUUCCAUACUCUUCCUGGUGUCAUCAAGUGAAUUUGACCAAGUGCUCAUGGAAGACCGGCAGACGAAUCGCCUGAGUGAAUCGUUAAACAUCUUCGAGACGAUAGUCAACAAUAGAGUCUUUAGCAAUGUCUCCAUUAUUCUUUUCCUUAAUAAGACAGACUUGCUAGAAGAGAAAGUUAAAACUGUCAGCAUCAGAGACUACUUUCCUCAAUAUGAGGGAAACCCCCAUGAGCUCUCUGAUGUUCAACAGUUCCUUGUGCAGUGCUUUCGUGACAAACGUCGAGAUCAGCAACACAAACCACUAUACCAUCACUUCACCACUGCCAUUAACACCGAAAAUAUUCGCCUGGUCUUCCGUGACGUCAAAGACACUAUUCUCCAUGACAACCUUAAGCAGCUGAUGCUUCAGUGACAUCUGUUUACUUCAUUAAUUUUAAUUUUUGGCAUUGACAACAGCUUAUAACUGUGUGUGAUUAUGGUUGCACUUCAAAAACUUGAGGCAGCCACCAUAAUCUGCUUAACCAGAUUAAUGCCAAAUUUGUUUUUCAGACUUCGGCUUUUCAGUUGCUUUUGCUCUUGGAUGGGUAGUGCCAAGGUACUCAAGUGUGCACUUAGGCAACCCAGCAAGUUUACGAUCUUGUUUCUUCAAAAAUGAAGAUAUGUGAAAAAAAAAUUGCCAGAUAAUGCAAAGCUGUGGUGUUCAGUGUGGGGAUUGUAAAGUUAAUAUCUAUAUCUUCCUCUUUCAACCCCCUAACAGCUCCCACCCCCCCCCCCCAAAAUAAAAGGGCUAUUAUAGAGAAAAAAAUGUUCUUGAAUAUCACAGAAACAAGUUAGCAAUGCCUUAAAUAUUCCCUUUUGGGAGUGAAUAUUGCUUUUGUCAUAUUCAAAUUGUUUUCAAAAUCUUCUUAGAGUUUUAAAUUUGUGCUAUUGAGGUGUGGUAGUCAAAGUGUGAAAUGUAUUGAAAUGUGAAGCAGUUAUAAUUUGUGCAAGUUCAGAUUUAUUAGGGGAAACUUCUCCCCAUUGGAAGUUUCACAGAAAAGAGAAUUCACUUAAUGUUUGCAGUCUUGCUGCAUAGUAUUAUCAGAAUAGAACUUACAUGCCAAAUUUAGCAGAAUUGCUUCAAAAUUGUAUUGGAGUUGAGGCCAAAUUUAAUUUACUAUUUUGAAUAGUGCAGGUACAAAUGCCAUACUGACUGAUCGUAACCUGAUGUAGCAAGCCAAAAUUUCCUUUACUGUUUGGUGCUACAGUAAAAUUGCUUUAUGAAAGUUCCUGACCUAAACUUCUGUGAUUAACAGCUGUAUGUUUACCCUGUGGAUCAUACCUCAGUACAAACGCCAUUAAAUUUCUAUUUAGCAAUGAGAGCUUUUCUAUUAUUGAACCAGACGUCUUCAAUGCAAGUUGUAGCUAAUAUGUUUGGUAUUAAGGUAUUUGAUAAGGCUGUGUGCUUAAAAUAACCCCACUGUUUAAAAUAGUAAUGACAUAAUUUGUGAUAUAAUCUAUGAUUCAUGCCUUUUUUGAAAGAUGUGGAAAAUUUGCUUUCACUUUCUUAAAAAGACUGCAGCAUACCAAAAUACUAUUGCAGUGCUAAUCAUGGAUAAAUAUUAGCUUUUUAAACGGUUUGACUUUUAAAAUUGGUUUUAAGUAUGACCUAAUUAAAUAUAGGGUUUAGAAUUCACUAAUGCAUCUGCAAGCCCAUUUCUGCUGAGUAGUCAUUACUAACAACAAACUUGCUAUGUACAAUUUACAGUGAAAAUGUAUUUUUGAUAGUUUUGUUAUAAACUUGGGUUGUUAGUGCUGCAUUUAACACAUUGAGACUAAGUGGUAACUAAAAAUUAUGGGAAACCAAUCUGUUCCAUUGUGGGUUUACUGAACUGCAGCAUAUAUCAACAUGUAUUUUGUUGCUGUCAUCUAUUUUGAUAGUUGUUAAAAUAAGUACCUCAAUGUCUGGGCUGUCAGAAAGAAGUAAAUUCAAACCCUAAUGUACCUAUGUCUUUUCUUGAUCGUUGAAUAACAGACUUCCCACACUUGUUGCUUACUAUCUUCUAUUUGAAUAGUUUUAUAAAUCUACACAUUUAAAAAAAAUAUUAUAUGCUGUCUUUCAUAUUGGUUUCUUAACAGACUGCAUAAGACACAUUAUAUUUUCAUUAUUGCGGUGUUUGCAAAUCUUUGCAGCUGGUUUUUACCAGGUUUUAUCUUUCAGUGGUUGUGGUCAAAAAAAUGGUCAGCUCAGGGGACAAUAGGUCUGCAGAAGCCUCCAGUUUGUCAAAUAAAUUUUAAGAUGUGCUGUAUCUGCAUUCUUUAGAUGGAAAAUCAGAAUUUGGAAUAAAAACAAAAUGCUGGAAAUGUUCGGCAGGUUGAGCAGCAUUUGUGGAGAGAGAGAAACAAUAUACGGUUGAUUUAAAAAGGAAAAUGCCAGAAAAACCCAACAGGUUAAGUAGAAUGUGGGGAAAGAAACUAGUUCAAAAACCUUCAUUGUUGACUUGGUGCAUUGAGUCUGUUUUUCUCUUUGCAGAUGUUGCCUUACCUGAUUAUUUCAGAUUUCCAGCAUCUACCAUUUUUGCUUCAAUUAAGAUUGAGUGUUAGAAGAACAUUGAUUCGAAAAGUUAACUCAGUUCCUUUCUCUAUAGAUGUGGCCAGGCUGUUAAGUAUUCAUAGUUUUUGUUCUUGAUUUUAAAUUUCCAGUAUCUUUUGUACUUGUGAUUUCAGAACUAGCAGUUGGUUGAGCCACUUGGCUGUCAGUUAUAUGAUGAGAACCAAAGAAAAAGCUUGUGGCAUAUUUGGUGGGCAGUAUAUCUUGAAGGAAGCCUCUAAAUUGCUUCUUGAAAAAGACGUUCUUUGAUGUAACUCUGAUUUCUGUUAAAGUCAAAAGACAAAAUGCAUUAUUGGUUUGUUGGUUUAUUACCGUUGCUUCCAAGCUUUAUCAAGUGGGAAGAAAAGAACUUAUUUACAUGUUUUCAUAAAAAGGCAAUAUAUUAAAACCCUAGGAAAUUUAAUGAUACAGACAGUAUCUUUGAAUGUAGCUUUUAAGAAAAUGGUUUUGGCAAGAAUUAGGACUUGGAGGAAAUCUUGGUUAUAUCUGUCUACUUUAGCAUGUUACAGUGUAAUCUAUGGAAUGUAUUAAAAUGUACUGUGAAGCAUUAGGCUUUUAUGACUGGAGUAACUAUACUACCAUCUUUAUACAAUUAUCAAACUCUAUUUUACAAAAUCUUCCAAAAUAUACUGUGCCCACUAUGCAGUAAUUUUAUGCUGACAUUGUAAAAGACUUAAUUUUCAUUUGAGUUACUAUAGAUCUGUGGGAAAGACUGGAAACAGUUACUCAUCUGACUGAAACUUCAGAUAUCAUAAAAUAACCAUGUAUUUGAGUCAAGUACAUUUAUCAUUUGUCCCAUAGACCAAUUACACCAACUCUUAAAUGGAACAGAUAAUAAAUGUGACUAUUCUUCAUAGUUUUUCUGAAUAAAAAGCGUUAUGCAUGUACUGGUGUAUCUUGCCUUUUAAAGGCUUCUGUUGGAGCAUGACCCUUUGAAAUGAACAUUGUUAUUAUUUUUCUCAGUGAGCCUGAAGGAAAAUUACACAGCCUGAGGCUGAUACUGCUAUCCUCCCAUUGUGUGCUAUAAAUCCGUACUGGUUUAAGUGUAGAUUUGCAUAAAGGAUCCAACCAUUUUUAUAACUUUUUGCCUAUCAUUCAUUAGCUUGGUGCUGUAUUCAUUUUUAUUAUCUAUUGAAAUUGCCAGUUAAAGAUUGCUAAUACUGUAAUAAAGUAAUGACCACAGCAACUAACAAUCUUUACUAAUUAGACAACUGAAAGCUUAGUUCUCUUCAGUAAAUGAAUAAUUAUCUAUUCAAUUUUUGAGGCAGUAAAGAUGAGAUUCUUAUGGAUGUUCAUCUUCACCUGGCCCAAAACAAUUUAAGGUAAACUUGCAAUCAUUACCAUGCAAAGAAUUCCCUCUAAGCAUACUCAAUUAUUUGUACACUAAAAAGAAAUUCUAGUGCUAUUGAAUAUUUGUGGUGAAUUACACUGUACUGCUGCUUGUUAGAUCUCCCCCUCCCCCUGUCAAACAGCCAUUUCAACAACUGUAGAAAAAUUCUUUUUAUACACAAGUGACAGUUUAGUUUUGGACCCAAAACCUUUCAGCUCUUCAUUUGUAUUGUGACAAAAAUUGCAGGCCCAUGGUUCUGGUGAAGCCACAAUGAAAGAAUUAACUAACCAACUGUUUGAUUUAUUGAAUGGGAAUCUGACACCUGUAACCCUUUUUGUUUUGUAAACAUGUGGAUAACUCAAAUACUUGUGCUCUGGGUAAACUGCCUGAUAAGUUAGUUUUAUUUCCAAAAGUGCUGUUUAUUUGCUUAAUUCUAAGUAUAGUAGUAGUGGCAGACAUUUAAGAUCAUCAAGCAAUACUUGUAAAUAAAUUUUUAUGCUUUCAUUCCUUUUUAUACAAGGUCACAAUUUUCUUUACUGAAAGAAUUUGCUCUAGUCCUUUAUUUUAGUACUCUGGAAAAUCCAGUUGAGUUUCAUUUAAUUUCAUUUUGUUUGAGAAUAAGAAAGCUAAUUAAAAAUCUUUGAGUUCUGUAAUAAUUUACCUACUUUUGUGUAUCUCAAUUGCCAAUAACUCCUAAAGGCUGUUUCUGAACUUGUAUCCCACCACUUGCACUAGCCCAGUUAAUUAUUUAUUUGAUUUGUUCUUCCAUUCCGUUCAAAGCUGUUUUUUUUUAAACAUUACAUCCAGGUACUCUUAGUCAAUAAAUGAGCAGCUUUUAUUUAAUAGUUUUGCUGAGUUUAGGUCUUAAUCAGAUGGCAGUGUAUUUAAUGUAACCAUUUCCAUGUAGCUGAGAUUCAUUGUCAUGUAAUUCAAAAGACAUUUUGUUUGGGAGAGAGAUCCCUUAUUUGUCUUUAUUGUAUCCUGUUGCCUUUGCAUGCGGUGAUUAUUGAAAUGCACUUUCCAAUAAACUUGAAAGGGUUAAAAAUUAAUUUUAUAGGCUUAAUAUACCAGUAAAUUGCAGUAUAUAAAAUUCACAACAGUCUUAAAAAUUAAAACUAAUUGUGACUCUUGUUAUUUUCAGAAGACAAAUCCAAAGUAUCCUGAGUUAAACUUUGCUUUUCAGAAAUGUUUGUGAGAUUGUGCACAUUAAUUGUAUAUACACAAAUGGAUGUCUAACAAGCUAAUAAAACAACUGUAGAAACAAAUUCAGUGAACCUCUAUAUAGGCUGCUGUCAGUUAUGCUAACAUCAUGGGUGGAAUGAAAAAUAUAAUUUUACAUUAUUGUUUCAAAACUUAAGUGUGAUAAAAGAAAAGUUAGUUAAAAUCUAUGGCUAGCAAUUACAGUAAUUUGAUUAUUUCUCAAGGAUGCUUUCACAAGCUGGUGUUAUUUUGCCAUGAGGUGGAUAAUAACAUUACUGGUAUGUACAGAGGUAAUUUUACUCAAAGGCUUAAGUAAUAGAACAAAAUCUGUCCCGUGUGUUGUAUGAUUAGACAAAAGUUUUAUAUUGGAGUGUUACACCAUGAGUAGAACAAACUGACAAAGUCACAAUCCACAAAUACAACAUAUACAAUACAAUAAGGCUUAACAUUUUCAGACAGAACCAUUAAACAGGCAUGGCUACAAUUUAAACUGACUCAAAAAUCAUUCAAAACCUUGUAUCUUCACACAAUCUCGGGCAUGUAUGAAGUAUAAAAAAGUAAAAGAAUAUAGAACUUUGCAACUAUCUAUUUAGCUUAAAGGUUGGAAAAAAUAGUGUCUCUGGAAUGAAAUUCUGGUCUACAAGUGUAUCGGUUUUGAAAAUCCAAGGUGGUGGUAUGCAAGAGUACACCAUGAGAUAUUUUCCAAAGUAAAUUUCAUCUGUGAUGCUUCUGAAAUAGUACUUGAGCACCUUAACUUGUGACCUUUGAGUGACAUUCUGUUCAUCUGCAAAUACUUGUGUUUUAUCCAAUUUUCUUGUUUUCUGGAGGCACUGACUUUUGAGGUACUAUUUCAUGGGUGCAAACAUUGGCUCUCUGGUACCACGUUUGACUUAACGUGCAAAUUGAAAUAGUGUUGAAAACUCUCUAUUGUGGUACUGUGCUAGAUCAGAUUUCAUUCUCGAGGAUGUAGGUGGAGUGCAGUUUUAGGGUUGUGAUCUAUUUGCUUUGAAGUUCAUGUUUUUAGUCUUGUGAAAGCUCUAUCUUUAAUUAGUAUUCUCAACUCUAUCCUGCACUGAAAUUGGCAAGAAAAAUGAAUUUUAAAAAAACUACUGAGAUAACAGCAGGAAGUGAAAGCUCUUGUUUAAUUUCUUCCUCUUUUAAUUUUCACCCCUGCAAUUGUCUUUCAGGGGUUUGACACUUGAUAGGCAUGUUUUAAAAAUGCUAGAAGCCUUAUUAUCUUUACAUAGUGACCAAUUUUUAUCUGUUGAUUUGCAAUCAAGGUUAAUCAUUCGUAGCCAAAUUUAAUUUCUAUUGAUUUUUAAUGUGCACUUUCCAGCAAAGACCAAGGUUGUUGGUUGGUAGUCAGUAACUGAGUCUCCCACUCCCCUCCCUCUCCAGCUAUUUGAGUUCUGGAACGCCAGCACAAACUGGAAAUAAACCUGUGAUCUUAGAUUCUCUGAUUUGGUGCUACACCAGAGUGCCUUUUGUUUUAGGACAUCCAUUCUUAUUUAAACAUGUGAGUUGGUAUGGAUAUGUAGUAUGAAUACUACUCCAUAUGUAUGGAAAAGUUUGAUUAAGGCAUCUGCUUGAUCCCUUUAUUUUCUGUUGGCUAAAGAAGUGACGUCUCUGAAUUUCUAUUAUUGGAGAAAGGUUCAUGUAUGUUGGCCAAGAGAUGUCUUAACACAUAACUGUGCAUUACUUAAGUCACACCCAAUGGCUUAAAAGAAAUUGCAUUGCAUCCUGGUAAUACCAUAAACAGCCUGAAUUCUAAAUGAUUAAUAACUGCCAUUUUUUGGAUUAGAAUGUCUGUUUAAAAAAAGUUGUUAUCCACAUUGACAUAGGAAUGAUUGAGAUAACCGAAGUUAUGUAACCCUUAAAAGAAUUGUAUUUAUUUGUCUACUGGUCUCUUGCACCUGGCAAUUUGUCCAUUUAUUAAAGAUAUUAAUGUAUCAUGCACUUCGUCUCCUUUUACAUUAAUACCGCAUAAUUAAUGUUUGAGAUGGUUAGCUUAAUAAAAUACAUGGUGUCAAAGAUCAAGUGGUUACAUGCAUUUUACAAGUCAAAUGUUUUAUUUUCACUGGCAGUCUAUGUAAGCGGUGACAUGCUGCUCAAAGAAUUUGUUACAUUUUGGUGUGUGCCUAUAGAGUCAUGUUGCCUCAUUUCUGGGGGAAAAAAAUUAGAAAUAUCCACAUUUUCAGCAUUUAUACAGUAUGCUCCAUUAGUCUUGACAUUCUUAUCUGACCCUUGAUAAUUUCAGUGGCAUUACUUGAAUUGGAAAUAUUUUAAGCAAAAAAUUCAAAUUUAUAGAAAAUCUGCUCUCGGCACAGGGAUUAGUUCAACAAACGUGUUUUAUUUAAAAUAAAAGCAAAAGUUGGUUUAAACAAUGCUUUAGCUAAAAGUAUUUUAACUAUUCAUUUAACCAGCAUACUAUUGUAUAGGAACAUUUUUGUGGUUUUAUCUUCAUGGAUUUGGGGGGUGGAUAUGGACUGAAUCUUUUACAUUUUACUUUCACUUUUUGUUGUAUAUUUUCCUUCAUUCAGAAAUGGCAGUAAAUUAUUCAGAUUGGAAAGCUGAGAGUAACUGCUUGUUUUGAUUUAAUGCUUUAGUUAAUAGUAAUGCUGUUUCCAUUAUACCUCUGCUGUUAUAUUGGUCUGUACAUACAAUGCAGAAGUUUGUCUUUGCAGCCAUUAAUGCCCAAAAUAAAUUUACUGACGCGUAUUAAACAUAUACAACUUU